CAUUCCAGCCACAUCUGGAGACUGCUGCCAGGCCUGCCUGCUGGCCCACUCUGAAAAGGCGCCGGGGACCCGCCACCACCGCCUUCGGCCUCACAGCCCUCACUCCCGAGGUGCCUUCGCCUUCGCCUUGGUGCCAGCGCCACCAGCCAUGGCCACCGCGCCGCCCUCUACAGUGCGCCAGAACUACCACCCCGACUGCGAGGCCGCCAUUAACAACCAGAUCAACCUGGAGCUGUACGCCUCCUACGUGUACCUGUCGAUGGCUUUCUAUUUCGACCGCAAUGACGUGGCCCUGGGGAACUUCGCUGAGUUCUUCCUGCGCCAGUACCGUCAGGAGAGCGAGCGUGUUGAGAAGCUGAUGGAUCUGCAGAACCACCGAGGGGGUCGCAUCCACCUCCGUGACAUCAGGAAGCCUGACCGCGACAACUGGGAGAGCGGCCUGAAUGCCAUGGAGUGCGCCUGUCACCUGGAGAAGACCGUGAACCAGAGCCUGCUCGACCUGCACCAGCUGGCCACCCACAAGGAGGACGCCCACCUGUGCAGCUUCCUGGAGAGCAACUACCUGCACGAGCAAGUCAAGGCCAUCAGCAAGAUGAGCGACUACGUGACCAACCUGCGCAAGAUGGGGGCCCCAGAAACCAGCCUGGCAGAGUACCUGUUUGACAAGCUCAGCCUGGGCAAGAGCAACAAGAACUGAGUUGGGACUGUUUCCCCAUAGACACAGCGUGCACGGUGACUUCCCCUGGUCACCAUGCCGAGCAUGCAGUUUGCAGUAGUGCCUUUGCAGAACGUUCCAGUUUUCU